AUGGACAACCAAACGCUUCUGCUAGUGAUUACUUUUAUGUUUGCAAGCAUUCUCAUCUUCAUUCUUACAAAAUUAAACCAAACUCAAAACUCUACAAGACUUCCACCAGGGCCACAGCCACUUCCCAUCAUUGGUAACAUCUUAAAACUUGGCAAAAACCCACACAAAUCUUUCACAAAACUCUCUAAAAUCUAUGGACCAAUCAUGACGCUAAAAUUAGGAACAAUAACAACCAUAGUAAUCUCAUCCCCACAAGUAGCCAAACAAGUCUUACAUGAAAAUAGCCAUAUCUUCUCUAAUAGAACUGUCCCACAUGCACUUUUUGCAGUUGAUCAUCACAAAUUCUCAGUUGGAUGGCUUCCAACAUUAGAUUUGUGGAAGAAACUAAGGAAAAUUUGUGCCACAAAAGUAUUUUCUACGAAAAUGCUUGACUCAACAAAAAUCCUUCGCCAACAAAAGUUGCAAGAAUUAUUAGAUUAUGUGAAUGAAAAAAGCAAGAAAGGUGAGGCUUUUGAUAUUACUGAGGCUAUUUUUACAACUGUCCUAAACUCAAUUUCAAACACUUUGUUCUCUAUGGAUUUGGCUCAUUCCACACAUGAUGAAAAGUCUCAAGAGUUUAAGAAUAUUAUUUGGGGUAUCAUGGAAGAAGCUGGUAAGCCUAAUGUUUCUGAUUUCUUUCCUAUUCUCCGUCCAUUAGAUCCACAAGGUUUGUAUACAAGGAUGACAAAUCAUAUGAAGAAGCUGUGUGAGAUUUUUGAUAAAAUUAUUGAAGAAAGAAUUCAUUCAAGAUCUACCAAACUUGAUGAUUCUGGCUAUGUUUGCAAUGAUGUGUUAGAUUCACUUCUUAAUAACAAUAUUGAAGAUACCUCUUCUGAAUUGAGCCGCAAUGAAAUGGUACACCUAUUUCUAGAUUUAUUUGUUGCUGGGAUUGACACAACAUCAAGCAUAAUUGAAUGGAUAAUGGCAGAGCUAUUACGCGAUCCUGAAAAAUUAAUAAAAGCAAAAACAGAGUUAAGUCACACAAUAGACAAAGAUGAAAUAAUCGAAGAAUCACACAUUUCAAAGUUAACUUUCUUACAAGCAAUAGUGAAGGAAACAUUUCGUUUGCACCCACCAAUUCCAUUACUGCUACCCCACAAAUGUGAUGAAAGUGUCAACAUAUUAGGCUUCAAUGUGCCAAAAAAUGCACAAGUAUUAGUCAAUGUAUGGGCCAUGGGAAGAGAUUCAACCAUUUGGAAAAAUCCAAAUAUGUUCGUACCCGAAAGGUUUUUAGAGUGUCAUGCUAAUUACAAGGGUAAUAAUUUCGAGCUUAUACCAUUUGGAGCAGGGAAAAGAAUUUGUCCAGGAUUGCCAUUAGCUCACAGGACUGUACAUUUAGUGGUGGCAUCCCUUGUACACAAUUUUGAAUGGAAUCUUGCUGAUAUGGUAAUUCCAGAAGAGAUGAAUAUGGAUGAGAAAUUUGGAUUAACUUUAAAGAGGGUUCAAUCUCUUCGAGUCCAAGCUAUUUCAUCAAGUUAG